UUUCGUGAUAAGCCGGAAAAUAUUCGACUUUAAACAGUAGAGCCAGGCGUAAAACGUAUCUCGGGCUCGUGUGUUUUAUAUUUUACUCAUUCGUCAUCGAAACUCACCGGGGAACGGAUCGAAUCUCUAUCCAAGCGUCAGCCGCCUUAGCUAACUUCUUCUAUUUUGACUCGAAAAAAUGGUUUUCAUAACAAAAUUCGCACGGAUCGGUGUGCAGGCGGCCCGCCAAUUGCGUGCCACGCCCCUUGCCACAUCUCAGUGGCGUAGUUUCCACAUAACCAGCAUGCUGGACAAAGAGCGCCGCUACACAGACAAACACGAGUGGGUGGAGCUACUGGACGCUACCAAGGCUAUCGUUGGCAUUUCCAACUAUGCCCAGGAGGCAUUAGGCGAUGUGGUCUUUGCCCAGCUGCCGGAGCCAGGCACAGAGCUCAAGCAGGACGACGAAUGCGGUGCCCUGGAGAGUGUCAAGGCGGCCAGCGAGGUGUAUUCGCCCGUGAGCGGCAAGGUCACCGAGAAGAAUGCUCAAGUAGAGGACACGCCGGCUCUGGUCAACAGCAGUUGCUAUGACAAAGGCUGGCUCUUUAAGGUGGAUCUGAAGAAUCCCACUGAAUACGAGAAACUUAUGACUGAAGAGCAAUACAGCGCAUUUGUGAAAAGCAGCGCCGAACACUAAACACGCCUUAGGCAUGGAAACUGCCACCAAUACUUGAGUCUAGCCUAAAAACACAACGUCCACGCAUUUGUUAUCUCUCGCACGCAUCAAAAACUCAUACCAAAAACUCAUCCGCACAUCCCCCACGUUGUUGUAGCACUUGAAACUUGUUACGAAUAAGAAUCGACAGUAAAGCCAAACAUAAUAUUUGAAAUUUGA